AGUAUGACGUGUUUGUAGACAAAUGAAACAAUUAAAUGUCUCCUGCUGCGAAUAAUUUGAUUAAUUCUUGAAAUACUUCCACAGAAAUUACAAUGUCAUCCACAUUCGUACAAAUUUCUAAUAACGUUGUCUGUAUGAUAUUCAACGUUAGAGUAUAAAUCUUAGAUUUGAUCACAGAUAGUAACUUCUCUUAGUUUUCUCAGGAAACGAAAUCAGUAAGCAUAUGUACAAGUACUUCUCAUUUCAUUUCUCUCUGUCAAUACCAAAAUCUCGUUGGCUCAAUUUAUCCUACUUCCUAUUCUAGACUAUGCUGACAUUAAUUUUUCAGAUGUAACUGGGGAACUUGUAAAUAAAUUUGACCGUAUCCUGCAAACUUUAGCUACCAGAUUUGUCUUCGGUAUUAAUAAUGAUCAUGUCUCCGCUCUUUUCUAUCAGUUAAAAUUAUUCAUAUAAAAUGUUGACAAUGAACUAAGCCUAUGAAGCUCAUACCUAUUAUAUUACCUUUAAGUGCUUGAACCUGAGAAAAUAGCAAUAACCUUGUAAUUCAAUAUAUUAUUGACACGGAACGCGAGUAAUGUCGUAGCGGAAUUUAGCCAUUUUAGACUAAACAGAUCAAAUAUUGGUUUUAGAUAUAUAUUCAGAAUCGCAGCUGAUCUUGAUUUUCUUAAGAAAAUAAACAAAUCUAUAGAUGUAAUAGAUCGGGGUGAUGAUAGGGUUGUACUGCCAACAGGAGUCAAUUGAUACACGGUCUUAAGUAGAUUGGUAUAUUUUGAAAUGACAGUUACAGUAGGUAGAAAAGAAUUCGAGCGUCCCUAUAAUAGUCGUGAGUCGUCUCACAUGGUGGAAGCGACACCGAAGGCCUUUUGGAUAUAGUAUACGAACAUUUUAUGGUUCUAUCUUUUAUAGUUUAGGCAGCGUACACAAAAUAAGUAACUUUUCUGGUUGAUUUUUUACACCUUGUGUCCGACAAAGCCAAAUAUUUUACAGAACCCUAUUUUUUUCCAAAAUAAAAUUUAGUCUAUGUUACUCAUGGAUAAUGUAGCUUUCGAAUGGUGAAAGAAUUUUUAAAAACGGUCCAGUAGUUUUUGAGCCUAUUCAUUACAACCAAACAAACAAACAAACAAAGUUUUUCUCUUUAUAAUAUUAAUGUAAAUAUCACAUUAGAAACCUCUAAAUUUAUCACUGUUUAUCUACAAUAUUAUAUAUGUAUUAUACAUAUAAACCUUUCUCUUGAAUCACUCUAUCUAUUAAAAAAAAAAAAAAACCGUUUCAAAAUCCGUUUUAAAGAUUUAAGCAUACAUAGGUACGGACAGACAGCAACAGCGACUUUGUUUUAUACUAUGUAGUGAUAAACUACUGCGCAAUGUAAAAACAAUACUCUUUUAUCACUCUAAUAGGUAGCAAAUUAAAGAGUUUCCAUGCAUAAGCGAUAUAAAUUUAUGUAACCAUCCAUCCUUGCGAUUUCUUUAAUACUGUGUUGCAUACGAAGUGUGCUAAACCUGUGUUUGGUACGAGAUUAAUAAUAAUGGAAAACGCAAAUUCUGAAAUAAAACCGUUUGAGUCUUUCGAUAAUACUUUUAAAUAUUGUACUUAUGGAAUGAUUUUCUCCAAUAUCUAUCCGAACAAAACAAAUAUGAAGAAAAGACUUUUUUCAUAUUUUUCUUUUUUAUUUUUUGUAUCGCCUUGUUUGGUUUCGUUUGCAUACUCCUGUCGCAUCUACAUAACGGAAGAAGAUAUAUUUAAUUUAACACGUCACGUGGCUGUGGGUAUUAUUAUAGGUUUAUAUAUAUUUAAAAGUUUAUAUUGCAUAUUGAAAACACAUACAUUUGGGAAUAUACUUAACGCUAUAUCAUAUGAUAUGAUUGAAGCCAAUGAGUUGGACGACGGUGCUAAAAAAUUAUAUAGGUUGUUUUUAAAGAAGGCAAAAUUUGGAGAACUUGUUUGGACAUUGUUACCAAUGACUCUUGGCUUUCUGUUCCCAUUAUAUGCUGGAAUCGUUAUGAUCCAUGAGAAUAUUUCGAAGGAUUAUCCACAUCGAGAAAUGGUACAUGAGAUGGAGAUACCAUUUGUAAAAAAUUCUAAAUACGAUUCGCCAGUAUUUGAGAUUAUAUUUGUUAUAAGCACAGCCAGUUGUAUUUUAUUGAUGCCAAAUUUCUGUGGAAUGGAUGGCUCUUUCUGCAUUGCUACAACGCAUCUGGGUUUUAAACUAAAGUAUGUUGCCUAUUUAGUUCGAGAAGCAUUUGAAGAGUCUAACGAUAGUUUCGAAUUGCAUGCUAAAAUGAAACAUGCUACAAAAUGUCAUCAAAAGGCGUUGCAAUUUUACAAGGAAUUACAAAACUUUUAUGGGCCAUGGUUGUUAGGGAUUUUUAUUGUGACGUCAAGUUGUAUCGCCUUCAAUUUGUAUCAGAUGUAUAUUAUUCAACGACUCCAUCCAAAAUAUGUUUUAUUUGCGGUAGCGGCGGUUUUGCACAUGUAUGUGCCUUGCGUGUAUGCCAGCAAUGUGACGGAGUUCGGCGAACAUUUGGCUGCAGAACUUUACUAUGCUCCGUGGGAAAGAAAGUUCGAUAUCAGUGCAAUCAAGUCCCUGAUAAUCAUGCUCGCCAAUGCUCAACGUCCUCUCGUCUUUACUGGAUGUGGGAUAGUGACCUAUAAUAUGCAAUUAUUCAUUACAGUAUUGAAGACAGCUUACUCAUCUUACACUUUAAUUACAAGUACUUAAUUAAUAACUACACAUAAGAUAUUGAAGAAGUACGGGGAACUAAAACAUACAAUUAUACAUUUUACAAUAACAACUUAUUCAUUUUACACACUACUCACAAAUACUUAAUUCUUUCUUUAUUCUUUAUUGUACACAAAACAUACUGUUAAUCACAAUUCAUUAUAAACAUAAUGUACAAAGGCGAGCUUAUCUCUAAUAAGAGAUUUUAAUUAAUUUAAUUAAUUAAUUAGUGUCAAAAUAUAAGAGAACCUAUUUGUGUUAAAUGUAUGUGAAAUAAAUAUGCCCUAAACAUUCAUACACUGUUAUCACUAGUAGUUAACAUUCUUUCAAUAAAUUAAUAU